AUGGACCCUGACGCGCUUUCUCAGCUCAAUGCUAUGCUCGACAAUGAGCAAGAGCUCAGAGAGAAAAUCAAGGAGCACGUCACAGAUCUCGAUAAAAAGACGCGUACUAUGGCUGGUACACUGAACAGGGUACACUCGACGCCACCUACACAGAUACCCGCUCUUGUCCAAUCCGCCCGCGAGGUUCUCUUUACUUGCCAGAGCACUAUGGAGAACCUGGCUGUCCUGAUACCUGAGAACCAAUACUGGAGAUGGAAAGACAUGUGGAUCAACUCGUUACGCUCUGCCGUGUACUCCGCUGUCUUCUGCGAGUUCUUGACGAAUGGAACGCUCUUGUCACUCGAGUCAACGUGUGAUCAGCUCGGCAUUAAGAGCGAGUGGAAGGACAAGUUUCAGCUUGCCGUUGAGGACUACUUGCAUGGCGUAAUUACCUUGGUGAACGAACUGUCGAGACUAGCCAUCAAUUCAGUGACCCUCGGGGACUUUGAAGCGCCCAUCAAAAUAUCCUUCUUCGUCAAGGACAUCUUCGCGGGCUUCACAAUGCUCAACUUGAAGAACGACUUGCUUCGUCGCCGCUUUGAUAGUCUAAAGUACGACCUGAAGAAGAUCGAAGAAGUUGUCUACGACGUGUCCCUCCGCAAGCUCGCCAACCCUCGAAGCUUGUCCACCACUGAACCUGUUGCGCCGACUGAUGCGCAGAUGCAAUCUUGA